AACCACCAUCUAAGUGAGUUAUCAGCCCAGACAACAAAGAACAGCAGUGUGGGUCAGCUGGUGAGACUAUCAGGGAGGUAUAUAUAAAAGUCCGUGUUCAUUAGCCAAAUGACUGAUGCCAAUGCACUACGAACGGUUGUGGCUGAUUAUGGUUACUUAAUGGACGGAUUGCUUGCUAUAUUCUGCUUUUAACAGAGACCAUGGCACAAGUGAUAUAUGUAAAGGUUGCAAGAGAGUCCAGUCAGUGGUGGAACAGUCCUCGUCAUUAGUUCUAAACUGGUGUAACUUUAAGAAGCGGCAUUUCUGGCGAAGUAUAAUUUUUUAAAGGCAAAAAAGAAAAACAACAUCUACAACUGAAGUUCAUACAACAGAAGUGAAACUAAGGAAAGGAGAGUCACUGGGUACUGUUUUGAGAAGUGAUAAUCGGCUGUCUGCCACAUAGCUGGUGCCUGAGACAGUGGAGCAAAGGAAGUUUUCAGUUUACUGCUAUAAGAGUCAAUAGUCUGGGAAGAAGUGCUAAGCUCCUGAAAUCUGCCUGUAACCACAGGUGAUGUGUGAAACCAAGGGUACAAUUGGGAACAAAUUAAUCGCCACAACCAUGAACAAAGGGAAACAAUCAGAAAAAACUCAAGAUCAAAAUCAGCAAAUUACUAUAGAAAAACUGCCAGACAAGCUGCUACUGAAAAUCUUCUCUUUCCUGAAGCACAGAGAGUUAGGGAAAGUUGCCCAGGUGUGCCGCAAAUGGCGCCUGCUGGCUUAUGACAGUCGCCUGUGGAACUGUGUGUCGUUGCGCCCAGAGUACUCGGGGCUACACGUGUACAGCCAGGAGGCGCUCGUUGCCCUCAUCAACAUGCGCUUUGGCGCCACCCUCAAGUACAUUGAGUUGCCCAGCGAGCUUAUUACUGCACCCGUGCUGCACGAGCUGUCCAACAAAUGUCCCUCCCUGCGCUACAUGACUCUUGACUUCUCUAACGCCAUGCAAUUGCACGACUUCAACGACCUCAACACCUUCCCCUGCAACUUGCGCAGCCUGUGCAUCUGCCUCAGUGAGGUCAUCUUUCUAGAGGGGUUCAUGAGGAGAAUAUACAGCUGCCUGUCGUCUCUGGAAGUUUUGCAUCUUAUUGGAACAUUUGAACUUUCGUCUGAAUCAGAAGAAGACAUAUAUGAAGUCAUCAACAUUGGAAAAAUCAAGGCCCAUACGCCCAAUCUGAAAGUGGUUAACCUGUACGGCAUUACGUUCUUGGAUGACACACACAUUGAGAUGCUGGCCUCUAACUGCAUACACAUCGAGUGUCUGGCUCUCAAUUUCUGUCUCAGAGUCAAAGGGUCAUCUUUCAAGACUCUCAUUCAGCGCUGCAAAAAACUGAAAACACUACUCCUUCAACAUGCAGGCGUUGAGGACCAGCACAUGCAGUCUGUGCCGUGGGAGGCCUCCUGCGUGCACGAGCUUGACCUGACCUCCACCGAGCUGUCCGAGGAGACCCUGGAGAGCGUGCUGCUGCGCAUGCCUGGCUUCACCUACCUGGGGCUCGGCUACUGCGAGUUCUUCUCGGACAAGGUUCUGGAGAAGCUGCUGGAGACGGGCAAGCUAAGCCGCCUGCAGGCUGUGGACAUCAGCCACACUCACGCCCUCAGUGAGAACACCAUCUACCAGUUUCUGCAGAUCCACGGUCCCAACUUGCGGGGCCUCAUGCUGGUGGGAAAGUCAAAGCUGACGGAGAAUUUCUGGCUCAACGUCAUCCCUUUCCUCAAAAAUAUCAGUAUCUGUGUGCUGGGGACGGCCAACGGCUGGUUCUUACGCAUGCAGAGCCGAGUACACGUGGACCAGAUAGUGGAAGCCUUUGCCCAGCAUUGUCCUCGCCUAGAGCGUCUGGAAAUCCAGUGGGACCCUGACACCAUUCGCUUCUCCGACAAAUCCAACAAGUUCAUCGACCACAUACGACUUCGCUGUCCACACCUCAAGUCCCUGACCCUGAGUGACGGCGAAUACUAUGAGCUGGUCAAGUCCAACUUCGAGCGCGCUGACCGCAAAAAGGUAGUGCGCACCACCACCAACUACACCACCAGCAUCGUCAGCCUCCUCACCAAUUACAACGACCUCCUCUUUAACUGAAGCUCAACCCCAGCGGCGGUGCAGACGUGUGCAGUGUCCUUACUCCCCAUACUGGGCCUCGCGGUCCUUCCACCUUGCUGUGAUGGUCACACCCUUUGUUUAGUUACAUCCGUCCCCAGACGACUCACUGGCUGCUAACCAGCACGGGAGAUGCUGCACCAUUGUGAGACACUGGCGAAGACCCGGAUGUUCCUUCCCGUUUGUUAUUUAGCACAGUCAAGAGGGUGGCGUGCUAUAGGUGUCCGUGUUAUAGGCUGACAGUGACAAUUUCCACUUUGUCAGCAUUGUGGUAAAUCUACCCCUCAUUACCCGUCACAUUGCUCGACACUGAAGCGUAGACCAUAACUCAGUCAAAUCCAGAGCGAUGAUCCUGCUCUGUAUAAAGCGACUGUGCUUUCCUACAAGAGCAGCUGUCAAAAGAUGGAGAAGUACUAGACAACUGCGUACCUUUUCGUAAAGAAUCUUUUAGUCAAAGAAAUGAGGUGAAAGUUAUCUAGUGCAUUAAAGUAUCACGAUAUCUGUAGUCAGCAUCAACUCGAUUAGGGUCUACAGAUAUUUUCCCAUUGCCUCUGUUUGCUAGAUGUGAAUCUGUGUUAUUUGAGGAUUUAAAAAAAAAUACAUGUGAGGAUAAUACUGACCUCACUGCUGUAAAUUUUACAAUAAUUUUGAUUUUGGUUGCUUCUUCAUCCUGGCUGUUCAAUAUAGUUUGAAUCUCAUAAAAAAAUUACACCUAAAAUAUCAAUUUGUUGUCGGCUUUGCUGCUGAGUUCACUACAGAAAGCUUUGAUUACUUUCAAUACUGAAACACUAGGAAUGGGUGUGCAAACUGCUUAACGAACUUGCAAAUAAUUGUUUGUGGUCAUCUCCAAUGCCACUUAAUCAAAGCAUCAUUUUAUUCCCAGGUCUCCAGUAAAAAACAUUUCAAUCGUUAAGCAUAAUAAUUUAUUGCAUUACAUCUGUUGUUGUGUUUUGUCUUGUACGGGAAUUGUCAAAUGAUUGUUUAAAAGCUAAGAGUGUUUAGCUGAAGGUGUUGUACAGUAUGUAUGUUGACUUGCAAGUAUGGUAGUCGCAGAAGUACAAGAUGGUGUGUAUUUAGCUGGCUAGUCACAGAACCAGACUUAGUCCCUCUUCAAUUCAUUGAAAGCUGUCCAAGUCGAGAAGCAGUCACCGUCAGACACAAACAUUAGAAACCAAAUAAAAUCGUCGUUAUUGUUAUACUGGCAUGUACAGUGUGAAUUAAAACACUCCCACAAAAAA